UCGAGCAAAGUAGAGGGUUGCAAAGUGCAGUAAGCUCUUAUUAUAAUAAUAACUUAUAAGUAUUACGGAGUACCUAGCAAGAAAAUUAUUAUAUACUUAUUUUUCUGCAUAAACUAUAUAUAGGCAUCAGAUUGUUACCGUUAUUGUAGUUAACAAAUGCACAACUGGUAAUGAUGUCAAAGAUUAAACCAUACAUCACAAGAAGAUUAUAUACAACAGCAGCAUCAAACGUUAUUUACUCUCAAAACACCAAUCUUCAAUUCUUCCAACACCAAACAUUUGAUGAAACCCAUCAUGAUGACAUGUUUGAAGUUAAUUAUAACCUUAAAGAGCUAGUAAAAGGUGGUAUUUUGAAAGAGGCACGCUACAUGUUUGAUAAAUUGCCUCACAGAGAUGAAGUUACUUGGACUAGCAUUAUUUCUGGGUAUGUUCAUGCUAAUGAUUCUAGGGAAGCUUUAUUAUUGUUUGCUAAGAUGUGGGUUCAACCCACAUUGAGAAUGGAUUCAUAUGUACUUAGUCUUGCACUUAAGGCAUGUGCUCUUAAUGUGAAUGUUCAAUGUGGGGAAUGUUUGCAUGGGUAUUGUGUGAAAAGUAGUUUUGUGGACUCUGUUUUUGUUGGGAGUGCACUUGUGGAUAUGUAUACUAAAGUAGGUAAAAUUGGCGAAGGUUGUAGAGUUUUUGAUCAAAUGGUGAUGAGAAAUGUGGUUUCUUGGACUGCCAUUAUUACUGGGUUGGUUCAUGCUGGUUAUAGCAAAGAAGGGCUUGGGUAUUUCACCGACAUGUGGAGAGAAGGUGUAGAGUACGAUUCGUACACGUUUGCAAUUGCGUUGAAGGCGUGUGCGGAUAUUGGUUUGUUGAAUCAAGGUAGGGAAAUUCAUGCCCAAACAAUGAAGAGAGGUUUUGAUUUUACCUCAUUUGUGGUUAAUACUCUUGCUGCUAUGUAUAAUAAGUGCGGCAAACUACAUUAUGGCUUGUACUUGUUUAAAAAUAUGAGAAAAAAAGAUGUUGUUUCCUGGACAAAUAUAAUUACUACAUAUGUUCAGAUGGGUGAGGAAGAGCUUGCAAUCGAAGCAUUCUUGCAAAUGCGAGGGACUGAUGUCAGUCCUAAUGAAUACACUUUUGCAGCAGUUAUUGCUGGCUGCGCAAAUGCUUCAAGAAAUGGCUUGGGUCAACAACUACAUGCCCAUGUUUAUCAUAUUGGUCUUUUUGGUGCGUUAUCGGUUGCAAAUUCUGUCAUGACCAUGUAUGCAAAAUGUGGCCUACUGGACUCAGCUUCUGCAGUGUUUUAUGAGCUGACAAGAAGAGAUGUUGUUUCAUGGAGUACUAUAAUUUCUGGAUAUGCUCAAGGAGGCUGUGGUGACGAGGCUUUCAAGUUUCUUAUAUUGAUGAGAAGGGUAGGACCGAAGCCAACUGAGUUUGCUUUAGCUAGUGUAUUAAGUGUUUCUGGAAAUUUGGCAAUUCUUGAACAAGGGAAACAAUUACAUGCUCAUGCGCUAUCAAUUGGGUUGGAUCACACUGCUAUGAUACGUAGUGGUUUGAUAAAUAUGUAUACUAAAUGUGGAAGUCUAGGAGAUGCCUCUAAAAUUUUUCUUGAGGCUUAUGAUAAUGAUAUUGUGUCGUUGACGGCCAUGAUCAAUGGGUACGCUGAACAUGGAUACAGUGAAGAAGCUUUUGUGUUAUUUGACAAGAUUCCGAAGGUUGGUCUGAGGCCCGACUCUGUGACCUUCAUCGGUGUUCUUAUAGCUUGUAGUCAUGCUGGACUUGUUGACCGAGGCUUUUACUAUUUUAAUUUGAUGAGUGAGAAAUACAAAAUCAAACCAUCUAAGGAACAUUAUGGUUGCAUGAUCGAUCUCCUAUGCAGAGCUGGGCGAUUAGCCGAAGCUGAGAAUAUGAUCACAACCAUGCCAUUCCAACAGGAUGACGUAGUUUGGUCUACUCUUUUGCGAGCCUGUAGGGUCCACGGUGAUGUUGAGUGUGCUAGCCGAGCUGCCCAGAAAAUUCUUGAGAUCGAUCCAAAUUGUGCCGGAACCCAUAUCACCCUGGCAAACAUUUAUUCUGCAAAAGGGAGGUGGAAGGAAGCUGCAAAGAUAAGAAAACUUAUGAGAUUAAAGGGUUUAAUAAAGGAGCCUGGAUGGUCUUGGAUUAAGGUCAAGGAUUGGGUUGUUGCAUUUGUAGCUGGUGAUAGGUCACACCCACAGUGCGAAGAUAUAUAUUGUGUUUUAGAGUUGUUGGCUUCCAUGGAUGAAUUUGUCUUUGAGGAAUUGGGAUCUCUUGUACAUGAUGACCUAGAUUAAUUGACGUAAACCCUUGUCUUAUUGCAUAUAGUAGCUGAAGAGAUGUAGAAUUGAUAUCACUAACAAAGUUACAUCUGCCAGAAAUGUUAUGUAAUACUCACAGGUGUGGAUGAGGUCAUGCCAUCAAAUGCGAAAUACAGUCCCGAAGAGGAUAAUGUCAAGGAGACGUUUUCAGAGCUUCUUGUUGUCUUGUCUGAAUUUUUCAAGGUGACUAGUAUUUUCACUUUGAAGAUGCUCAAGGAUAAUACAUGAAAAAGAAUUAAACUCACAAUAAUAUAUGAAUUUGGCAGGGAAGCAUAGGUUCAAUUAAAAGUUCCGGGGAAGAAGGUGUACAUCACUACUCAAAUUCUCUGAGAGAAUUAGCCAUGCUCCAAGUUAUUAGGCAGGGCAUCAAUGCAGGUCUUUUAAAUUUUUUAAGUAUUUGUUAGGAUACAGUUAUCAACUGUAUCACACAAAUAAUGAUAAAUAUGCAUGGAAAAUCACACAAGUCGGAACUCACAUUGGAAAAGAAUGUAGUUGUUCUUCGAGACUGGUUAUAUGUGUUGAUAGUGUGAAGUGAUGCAAAAUCAGAAAUUUAGCAUACAAUUUAACAACCAAGUGUCGAUGUUCUUCAUGCAAGAGUAAGUGCCUACAAGUUGGUUCUUAUCUUAUCCAAAAUUAGCGGGGGACAAUACCCUAAAUUAAAAUAUUAAACCAAAAGGCGAUAUAUUGUAAGAAUUGCCACUUUGCUCUUCUUGGGUGUAAAUAGGGCUAUUAAAAUUAGACAUGAGGAGGGAACCCGGCUUGAAUUUUAGGGUUAGGGUUCUCAAAUGAGUAGAGUCGAAAGCGGGUAGAAGUCGAAAUUAACCCGAAAUAGAAAAAAGGCGGGAUAUGGGUCGAAUGUAUAACCUAAAAAUUAGGGCUGACCAAAAGUAUCUGAACUGAUCAAGUUAGACCAGAUUAUUAAACAGUAUUUUUGGUUUGGUUUGAAUUAAAUACAAACAAUUAUUUUCCGAUUUAGUCUUAUUUUUGUACUAUACCAAUCAUUAAGACACUAUUAUGCAGGUCUUAUUCCAAUACAAACCACUAAAAUAAAAACUAAAUACAACAAAUCAAUGCAAAGCAGGAGAAUGAAAAGGAUUGUGAGACUCAGGGAUGGCCCCCGAGGUUGGCCUACAUGGGACCUAGUAGGGUUAAGGUCGAGGUGGGGGCCAAGUUUAGUCUUUUGGGCUAUCUGGAGACUAUCU